UGAUGGGAUGCAGUGCUUCAAUACAAGACCUUCCUGCAGGCAGCGAUCGGAUGAUAGGUUGAGUCUUCCCCCGCUAACCUGUCCAAUUCUGUCCCCUUCCCUUCCCCAGCUCGUGUUCGAAGAGGUCGCUGUGUGGACGAUGGCCGCCUGCCCAUUCGCCUGAAGUUUGAACACGCUUGUGGGCUAGAUGGCUGCAGCUAAUAAGGGCACAAAGCCUAAAGUGGGUGGUGUCCGCUUUGCCGCCAGCCAGCCCGAGGAAGGAGCACACUCCCACGUGCACUUCGACGAGAAGCUCCAUGACUCCGUGGUCAUGGUCACCCAGGAGAAGGAUGGCAACUUCUUGGUCAAGGUAGGGUUUCUGAAGAUACUGCACAAAUACGAAAUCACAUUUCUUCUGCCUCCCAUUCAAAGGCUGGGGAAGGACGUCUGUGCCAUUCUGCUUCCAAACCUUAACCUUAAAGUCAUCAGCAUCACACCAGUGGCUGAAGGCUACAAUGUUAAGUGCGAGUACACCGCACACAAAGAAGGGGUCCUGAAAGAAGAGAUGAUGCUGUCCAGCGAGACCCACGAUGGUGCCUGCGUCAAAGUGGUUGUUCAGGCCCGGGUAAUGGAUCGCCACCACGGCACACCCAUGCUGCUGGAGGGGGUCCGGUGCAUCGGGGCAGAGCUGGAGUACGAUUCGGAGCAGAGCGAGUGGCCCGGGUUCGACUAGCCGCUGAGGACCACUGCCUUCUUUUAGGUUUUAAAUUUAAGCUUGAAAUGUAAGAAGAACAAAUAGUUCACUGGCUGCAGGAUUCUGAACGCUCUAGUUUUGUGGUCACCAAUGGAGCUUGUCUUGUGAGGUCUGGGCUCUGUGCUUUCACCCCCCUUCCCCUAAUAGCAAACCAAACUGUAGGCCAGUAGUUGUAAAUGGUUUUGUGAAGAGCAGGUAGCAGCUUAUGACUCUGGCUCAGAGCUGAGAGCAAAACCAGGGCCAUCACGGAUUGGGUCAGGGUUCUCAUCAUCUUUUCAGCCUUAAAACUAAACUGUGUGUGCGCGCAUGGGGCUGUACAUGCUGGCAUGUGAGUGGAUGCCCGACCUCCUGAGCAAGUGUCACCUACAGGGCAUCUAUCAUAUCAGAAUAGUAUUUCUUAUCCUUAAAUGUUGGUUAUUUUUUCCUUCUCUUUAGUGAUCUCAUUGUCGCAUGUGGCUUUGUCCAAAGUUUCUACAGCUGCCAUUUAAAAACUGAACAGCUGAUGUUUUCUCCCAUCUCCAGUGGUGAGGUUGGUAAAUACACCGGGUGGGGUGCAGUAGCUUCAUAUGCUUUGGCUGUUUAGUUUGUGUUUAGUCUCAGGAGUAUUUCCAAAAAUCAGGCAUCUGUUGCCUUCCUGAGAGUCAGGAGCAAUCCCUUGUUGCAAGCCAUACGGUGUCUUGUUCUCUCUU